AUGGCGUCGUUACUGUGGAAAGGCGACCCAGGGGCGGCAGAGAGCGAGCAUCUGAACAGCCCUUUUUCAAGCCCCGCCCCCCACCAGAAUAACCUUGAGGAUAUGAAGAAUACCGCAGUCUCAAACCGACAUGAUUCCAUUAAUAACACAGAAGAAGAUGAAGAAGAUGUAGUGGAUUUGGCAGCUAAUUCACUCUUAAACAAGUUAAUCCGGCAGUCCUUAGUAGAAUCCUGUCACCAAGUCGAAGUCUUACAAAAAGAUCCCAGCUCUCCACUCUACUCCGUGAAAACAUUCGAAGAGCUGCGGCUAAAGGAUGAGUUACUAAAAGGGAUCUAUGCAAUGGGAUUUAACAGACCAUCCAAAAUCCAAGAGAUGGCUCUCCCUAUGAUGCUGGCGCACCCACCCCAGAACCUCAUAGCCCAGAGCCAGUCUGGCACAGGGAAAACAGCCGCUUUCGUCUUGGCAAUGCUCAGCAGAGUCAACGCCUUGGAUCUCUUCCCACAGUGUCUCUGCCUGGCUCCUACUUACGAACUGGCUCUGCAAACAGGCCGUGUGGUUGAGCAGAUGGGGCAGUUCUGUGUGGAUGUCCAAGUGAUGUAUGCCAUUCGCGGGAACUCAAUUCCCAGAAGCACCGACGUCACCAAGCAAAUUAUAAUUGGCACCCCCGGGACUGUCCUCCACUGGUUUUUCAAGCGAAAAUUAUUCGAUCUGAGUAAGAUUCGUGUGUUUGUCCUGGAUGAAGCAGAUGUGAUGAUCGACACACAAGGAUUCUCAGAUCAGAGCAUUCGAAUUCAGAGGGCUUUGUCCCCUGAGUGCCAGAUGCUCCUCUUCUCUGCGACCUUUGAGGACUCCGUGUGGCAGUUUGCAGAGCGAAUCAUUCCUGACCCCAACGUGAUCAAGUUACGGAAAGAGGAGCUGACCCUGAAUAACAUCCGCCAGUACUACGUGCUGUGCGAGGAAAGGCGGGACAAGUACCAGGCCCUGUGCAACAUCUACGGCGGCAUCACCAUCGGCCAGGCCAUCAUCUUCUGCCAGACUCGUCAAAAUGCCAAGUGGUUGACGGUGGAGAUGUUGCACGACGGCCACCAAGUGUCUCUGUUAAGCGGAGAGCUGACCGUGGAGCAGCGAGCGUGCAUCAUUCAGAGGUUUCGGGAGGGGCAGGAGAAAGUCCUCAUAACAACCAACGUCUGUGCUCGAGGCAUUGACGUGAAGCAGGUCACGAUCGUUGUGAACUUUGAUCUCCCACUGAACCAAUUGAAGGAGCCAGACUAUGAGACCUACCUCCACCGCAUAGGGCGCACAGGGCGCUUUGGGAAGAAGGGCCUCGCCUUCAACAUGAUCGAAAUGGAAAAGCUGCCCCUGCUUAUGAAGAUCCAGGACCACUUCAACAGCAGCAUCAAGCAGCUCGACCCUGACGACAUGGAUGAAAUCGAAAAGCUUGAAUAUUGA